ACUUGCAUGGAUGCGUUUUGAUGAGGAACAAACCUGUGUUUUGGAUUAAUCUCUGAAAAGGAAAAUGUCUACCGGGACAAUGGCGUGGGGCGUACUGGUAUUGCUGCUUAUUCACUGUCUGUGCUCGGUAUAUGGGCAGGUCAGUUACUCUAUUCCUGAGGAAAUGUCGAAGGGAUCCUUAGUGGGUAACAUAGUGCAGGAUUUGGGAUUAGAUAUCAAGCGAUUGAAAUCAGGCAAGGCUCGUAUCUUUACGGGUGACCAGCCAGACUACAUCGCGCUAGACAAAGACAGGGGAGUCCUUCUCGUGAAAGAAAGAAUAGACCGAGAGGCGCUGUGCGGACAAACAUCGCCAUGCGCUUUGCAUUUUCAGAUCAUUCUCGAGAGCCCGAUGGAGUUGUACAGUGUAACGGUAGAAAUUACUGAUAUAAACGAUAACCCUCCCAGUUUUGAAAAGAGUGAGAUGAAAUUUGAAAUAAGUGAGAAUACUGCGGUCGGUGCCCGCUUUAUGUUGGAGAUCGCGGUUGAUCCGGAUGUUGGCACAAAUGGGCUGCAAUCGUACACCUUAAAUCCUACCGAUAAUUUUAAACUGGAAUUAAAUCAGCAGCAUGAUGGUGUCAAGAUAGUAGAAAUGGUUCUUCAAACAUCUCUGGACCGAGAAAAACACGAAUAUAUGAUGCUUCUCUUAACUGCAAAUGAUGGGGGAGAACCCCAGAUGUCAGGAACAAUUCAGAUACAUAUACAUAUAUUGGAUGUAAAUGACAAUGCGCCAGCUUUUACGCAGAAAACCUACAAGGUGUCUGUGAGAGAAAAUUCCUCCACGGGUACCCGGUUGACCACUGUGAGUGCCACUGACGCUGACAGUGGCUCAAAUAAAAUAAUCACUUAUUCUUUGUCACGAGGGACUGCGAGUAUAUCCAAUAUGUUUUCUGUAGACGGGAAUAAUGGAGAGGUGACAUUGAUGAGUCAGCUAGACUAUGAAAAAGUGAAGAAUUAUCAGUUUUAUGUCGAGGGCAGAGAUGAAGGAGGGCUACUAGAUUCGUGUAAAAUCAUCGUGGACGUUACUGAUGUAAAUGACAACAGUCCAGUUAUCAGCACGAUAUCAAAAUCCAGUGCUACGGCAGAGGAUGCUCCGCUUUCUACAGUGAUUGCUAUGAUAAGUGUGAAUGACCCAGAUUCAGACAGUAACGGUCAGGUGAGCUGCAGCCUAAGUGAACAUAUUCCUUUUGAGAUAAAACCAUCAUCCAAUCGUUUCUACAGCAUAGUUACUGCCAGCGAGUUAGACAGAGAAACCAAGUCAGAGUACAAUAUCACAGUAACCUGCUCAGACGAGGGUGUGCCAUCGCUUUCCAGUCGUGCAGACUUGUCUUUAAAAAUAACUGAUGUGAAUGACAACGCCCCGGUGUUUGAGAAGAGCUCGUAUGAGGCUUCUGUACUAGAAAACAAUUCACCGGGCCUCUCCAUUUUCACAGUCAAGGCCAGAGACGCAGAUUGGAACCAAAAUGCUCGUGUGUCUUACAUACUAGAGGACUCCUCCAAUAACGGAGUGCCCAUGUCAUCGUACGUGUCUGUUAACGCAGAGAGUGGUGUGGUCCACGCUGUGCGCUCCUUCGACUAUGAGCAAAUUAAAACUUUUACAUUUCACGUCAAGGCACAAGACGGAGGCUCCCCUCCUCUGAGCAGUAAUGUUAGUGUGAAAAUUAGUAUUCAGGAUCAGAAUGAUAACGCACCACAGGUUUUAUAUCCAGUUCAAACUAGUAGUUCUGUGGUAGCUGAAAUAGUGCCCCGUUCAGCAGAUAUAGGCUAUCUAGUCACUAAAGUGGUGGCUGUGGAUGUGGACUCUGGUCAGAAUGCCUGGCUCUCUUAUAAACUACAGAAAGCGACAGACAGGGCUCUGUUUGAAGUGGGCGCACAGAAUGGAGAAAUAAGAACCAUCAGACAGGUGACUGAUAAAGAUGCUGUGAAGCAAAAGCUGACUGUUGUUGUUGAGGACAACGGACAGCCCCCUCGCUCUGCCACUGUCAACGUGAACGUGGCUGUGGCAGACAGCUUCCCUGAAGUGCUCUCUGAAUUCUCGGACAUGUCACAUGACAAGGAGUACAAUGACAACUUGACUUUUUAUCUUGUCUUGGCUCUGGCUGUAGUGUCGUUUCUUUUCAUCGUGUCCAUCAUAGCCAUACUGUCAGUGAAGUGCUACAGAUGGAAACGUGAGAGGAUGUUUUAUAAAUCAAAUGGACAGCUUCCGGUCAUCCCAUAUUACCCACCCCUUUACGCAGACGUGGGAGGCACUGGUACUUUGCAGCACGUGUACAACUAUGAACAUUACAGAACAACAGACUCCAGGAAGAGUGAUAUGAAGUAUGCCAGACCUUGCACUCAAAGCAUCCUCAGCCUGGAUAACAGUGAAGCGCACACUCUCCCGCAUGUGCGUAACGAGAAACUCAUUGACGAUUGUGACGACCAGGUGAGGUCCAUAUAUUUCCUCCAUCGCUGAUACUUUGCUCAUAUAUUAUUUAACAAUAGCAGACAUGUACGAAAUAUAAGAUACCACCGACGUACAACCACUGACUGUUCAUCAUAGUUGAGUUUUUAUGAAUGUUAGUGGGAGAGAAACAUGAGUGAACUGUUUUGUUAUUGUCG